AUGAUUGGCAGUUACCGGUCCGGAAACGUCCCCUCGUCUUCCAGCGGCAUGUCCACCCCCUUAUCGGGCAUGCAGACCCCCUCUGGCAUGCAGACGCCCUCUGCAGGCGGCUACCGAUCCGCAAUCACGGACUUCGCGGCCGCGAAGGGGCAUAUGGAAGCGUCAGGUUUGAAAUCGUCAAAGUUGAAAUGAUUUGCAAUGCAUAAAAUGCAAGGCAUGAAGUGCCUGUCUAGCCGGGAUGGCAAGAGAGGCAGACUGUGAGCCUAUUUAGGGUUCGGGAUAGAGCUGCUAAAGGAGCAUGACAAAAGCAGUCUUCUGUGCACAAACAGCAUGACAAAUUGGAUUCCGGUGCUCCGAAAAUUUGUCUUGCGCCACUUGAAAACUGGGUUCCAACUGGCAUCCAUUUUAUGCAUGACAAAUUAUUUCAACUUUGUCGAUUUCAACUCUGACACAUCCAUAGGGCAGGGACUCUUUCUGAAACUGGCCGACAUGGAGGGCAAAGUGAGUAACGUCGCCCGCACCGACGUUGGAGGUUUCCUAACCGAUUUGCAGGCCCGGAACCCGGGUCAGGGAAUCGAUAUCAGCGACUUGAAGAAGGUAUCAUAUUUCUACAGAUUUUUUUUUUUUUCGUGAGCUUCAAGUGCAAUAAUUAGCGUCCUUCGUCCGACGAAGUUGCUGCUCGUCAUGGUCAUCAACUGCAGUUUUUUUCAUGAUGAUCACGACGCAUUACAUACUGCUCUUCCUUUGUUUAUUCACACGCUCGAGCUUCAGCUGCACUAAAAAAAACCCAAACCUGCUUUUCCAGACCCGACUUCUGAUGUCUAGCGUAACGCAGAGCAAUCCUAAGCACGCCCCCGGAUGGAUUGCCGCCGCACGAGUAGAGGAAAUCGCAGGUCGCGACGCUGUCGCCCGCGAGAUGAUUGUCCAGGGAGUAAAGAACUGUCCGGAAAACGAAGAAAUAUGGAUUGAGGCCGUCCGUUUAGAACGGAAAGGCAGUCUGGAAGGCGCAAAAAGCGUGAUUGCGCAAGGUACUUACACGAUGAAACUUCGGCGUUUUAUUUUCUGCGGAAACUAAAUGUACAUAUGAAGGAAAAUAAAAAUCAAAUAGUGACCUAGUGGUAGUGUCAGUAGGCUGGUUGUAGCUUUUCUUGUCAAGAAGAGUCGUUCAUCUGCUCGAGAUGAUUAUGAUUUUAAUACUUUUCCGGAUUUUAUUUUGUGCAGAACCUCCUCGCAUUAUUCUCUUUUCCCCACAACGACAGGCGUAAAGCAGAACCGCUACAGCGUCCGCCUCUGGUUGGAGGCCGCGAACUUGGAAACCGAGCGGCCCCGAAAAUCCAAGGUGCUCCGAAAGGCUUUGGAGUUCAUUCCGAACUCAGAGACCUUGUGGAAGGAAGCCAUCGGCUUGGAAGACAAGGAGAACGCGAAAACCCUGCUGAUCCGCGCCGUCCAGUGCCUGCCCACCAGUGUGGACAUGUGGCUCGCGCUGGCGAAGUUGUGUCCCUUCGACGAGGCGCAGGGCGUGCUGAACCAAGCAAGGAAAAAUUGCCCGCACUCCUUCCUAAUCUGGGUAAACGCGGCGAAACUGCACGAGCAGGGGGCGCCGAACACGGACACGCAGGAGGUGGAGACGCUGUUUGGCCGCGGCGUGCAGGCGCUGCAAAAGGUGGGCGUCCACAUGGAUCGCGACACCUGGCUCUCGCACGCCGCCGAGGCCGAGGCGAGCAAGUACCCGAAAACCUGCACGGCCAUCGUGAACAAAACCAUCAAGCUCAAACUCGAGUCCCAGCUGGACCAAUCGUCCAGCGCCUACGACCCAAAAACGGUGAAACGCAUCUGGAUCCAGGACGCGCAGACGCUGGAAUCCAAGGGCAGCAUCGGGACCGCGCGCGCCGUGCUGGAGGCCGCCGUGCGGGAGCUUCCGACGAAAAAGGGGCUGUGGCGCCGGUACGGCGAGCUGGAAAUCAAGUACGGCACAAGAGAAUCGCUGGACAAGGUGCUGGCACGAGCCUGCGAAAACUGCCCGGGCGCGGAGGUGCUGUGGCUCAUGCGAGCGAAGCAAAAGUGGCUCAGCGGGGACCUGCCCGGGGCCAGAAGGGUACGACGUUUGUUUUGAAGAGAGGACGAAGACAUUGACAUCUACCUACUUUGUGCAGCUUUUGUAUGAUUUUUUCUUGUUCCAUACAGCUACAAAUGUUGCAUAAUCCGACAUGCAAGUAGAGUUUGAUGGCCGCCAGCCACUGUAGUCGUUCGCAGCACUUCCACUUAAUAGUACAGAAUACUUGUUGAUGAAUGACAAUGAAGAUCAUCAUGCGGUUCCACACGACAUUACAGGUCCUCCAAGACGCCGACAAGUUUCUUCCGGGUAGCGAGUCCAUUUCUCUUGCGGCGGCCAAGCUGGAGUCUGAGUCGCAGGAAGUGCAGCGGGCGCGCAUGAUUCUUGAGCGCGCACGACACACGGUGGAGUCGUCUGCGAAGGUGUGGCAGCAGAGCAUCCAGCUCGAGCGCGAGGACCAGAAGUUCACGCAAGCGAAGGCCCUGUGCGAGAAGGCGCUGAAGCGACACCCCAAGACCGCAAAGCUCUACAUGAUCGCUGGCCAGCUGAUUCUGGAAGACCCGCACACCAGCGUCGCCGGCGCUGCAGACGCGACCCGAAUGUUCGAGCGCGGGCUGCAGGAGUGCCCCAAAUCCGUCGACCUGUGGGUGUGUUGCGUCGACGCGGAGGUACGCCAGCAGCGGUAUCCGAAGGCGCGAGCGUUGCUCGAGAAGGCCCGACUGAGAAAUCCAAAGUCAGAACUGCUGUGGUACUGGGGCGUGUUGGUGGAAGAGCUCGAUCGAAACGACAAAAUGGCACAGCACAUGAUAAACAAAGGUAUGCGUAGUUUGUCCUCGAGUUGCUUCUAUAACCUUGCUCCGUUGAAGUGCAGCAGAAGCAGUAUGGGGAUGGGCAUCUUUAACCCUCGUUGCGCCGUGCUAAAGAAUUGCGAGUUAGAUAUCGUUUGUUGUUUCGACUCUUCGGAGCAGCGCGCUAUGACAUGAUUGAUCACCCAUGAACAUGAUUGUUCCGCCACUUUACCAAAUCCAACUACAGGCCUUCAAGAGUGUCCAGCCAGUGGGAUAUUAUGGGCGAAAGCCAUUGCCAUGGAGCCGAAGAAUGGGCAGAACGCAAAGAGUGUCGAUGCGCUGAAGCAUUGCGAAAACGACACCUAUGUCCAGAUGGCCGUCGCCGAGCUUUUCUGGGAGGACCGAAAAAUCCCGAAAGCACGGAAAUGGCUGCAGCGCGCGACGACUUUGUCUCCCAAGGUCGGCGACGCCUGGGGCAUGGCCCUGGCCUUCGAGCUCGCCAACGGGUCCCUGCACGAGCAACGCGAAAUAAUCACAAAGUGCGCGGACGCCGAUCCAAAUAGAGGGUAUAGUCAUGUUGUGAUUUCUUGUAGUAGCCUUGAUGUUGCAGUUGCUUGGUUGAUAGCAGUCUUUGCUUUUUACUUUUCGCGUGCGACGACCUGCGCUUCCUAUGCAGCUGUUGAGAGGUUUUGUCACAAAUUAUGACCCAGCAACUCGCUGACAACUCACUCACAGCAAGUCAAUAAAGGAGCAGUAGAAGUAGUAGCUCCCUACCGCUAGUGAAUUGUCGAUGGCAACAAGGUUCAGGCUCACUACAAACAAAAACCCUACAGGUUGCACUGGCCCGGCAUCGCGAAGAAAGUUUCGCAUUGGCGGAUGAAGACGCCACAGAAGCUGAAGGAGUACGUGAAGACAAUAUGGAGCAAGCACUGGAAGCCGGAGGCUUUAGAGCCUGAGAUCAAGCUCCUCUUGGACGGCGAGACGAAGGACAAAGCGCGGGAGGCCACGAAAAAGAAGGUGGAACAGCGAAAGCAGGAAGAACGGGAGAAGGAGGAGGCACGGCACACCUUCAAGAAACCCUUUUUACCUACCGAGAAAUUCGAGGGCAAGCGACCGGGCUACGUGUUCAAGCUGGGGAUCUACGGGCAGGGGUACUACGAAGACAUCGGCUUGUAUGGAAGUGUCAGAAUCGAAAUUGACAAAAUCGAAAAAUUUGUGAUGCACAAAAUCGAUGUCAGUUGUAGCCUCAGUUUCUAAGUGGCGCAUGACAAAUUUUGGGAGCACCCAAAUCCAGUCUGUCAUGCUGUUUGGGCAAAGAAGAGUCGUCCUGUCGUGCUACUCUGGCAGCGCAUUGUAUAUCCCUAAACAGGCUUGCAAUCGGUCUCAUUUGCCUGCUCCCCAAUACAGGCCUUCAGUGCCCUACGUUUUAUGCAUCACACAUUUUUUGAUUUUGUUGAUUUCGAUCCUGACACAUCCAUAGCUUGGAUUUCAGUGUGUCUGCGGCUGCGAUCCAGAUCAAGAAGGAACAGGACGCCAUCGUGGCGCAACAGCAGGUCAAGAAGGAGCAGGACGCUGGAGGAGCUCCUAACGGGACGAGCAAGGCGGGCCUCACGAACGGACACCAUAAAAGAUGAAAAGAGUGCGCACCUCGCUCACUGCAGCGACUUCUACCCCACCUUCAAGCGACGUGUCUGCGUCUGGAUCUUCCCUUCCGGUUCUUCAAUGGGUACGAGUCUAGUUGGAGGUGAAAUUAGUACUCAGAUACGAUUCGUCUUCGCACAGCCCGUCAUCGGGAACCCUACGUGCGCCGCUAUGCCUCUGUCUUCUAUUUGCAGUUACCGAGUGCUACCAAGUAGACAGGCAUAUGAGAAGAUGAGUUAGCGGCGCGACUAUCCGUUUCGGAGCGGAAUCUCGUCGAGCUGAUGCUCAGCCACCACGGGGGAAAGGAACACAACUAUCCGUGAUACAACUUCUGCCAGGUGGACUGAACGGGCAACUGGAGCAGUCCCCGCGUCGUCAAAUUUCAGCACCGCGACGUAUCAGCACUCCUCCUGACCCUCAGCGACCCCAACAAAGACUUUUUAGGCUACUUCGGUUUGCCUGUCCGUUUUCGACACGGCCCC